AAAGGGUUUAAUGUUCAUAAUAAGGUGACGUCACGACCAGACAAUAUCAGAAGAAAGAGAGUCGUGUGUAGUGUGUAGUAUUAACAUACUCGACCUUGAUCACAUUCAUUGUGCGCUUUAUUGUCGUUGGCCUGUUUUACAAAGAGGUCGUGAAUUCUGCACGCGCUACAGCUGUCAGUGGUAGACUGUCUGGGAGAUUGAUCAGAUUUGUGGAGUGCUUGUGGUGCCUUCGGUCAUGCACAUCAGAGGCUGAAUAGUGUUUAUAGUUAGCCCAAUAGUACCCAGCAAGAUCCAGCAUUAUUUCACUCUGAAGGAGUCUUGAGCUCUUAGGCCGAGCUCACACUGCCCCCGGAUCAACAUGGCUGCCGGCUUCAAGAUUUUCACUUUAGGAGCGUUUCUGCUGCAUCUGUUCUUCCUGGGAUGUGCUCAAGAUCCAUCACUAUCUCAGCACUCCGACUCUUCACUACCAGAUGGCACUGUGCGUCUAGCGGACGGGUUCCAGCCCUAUCAGGGGCGGGUCGAGAUCUACCACGAGGGCGUCUGGGGGACGAUUUGUGACGCGGACUGGGGUACCAGUAACGCCCUGGUCCUGUGUCGUCAGCUGGGCUACGGUGGGGUCAGCAGCUCUGGGCUCGACAGCUUCGGUGAAGGCACCGGGCCGAUCUACCUGGAGGGAUUGAACUGUGGCGGGCACGAGGACGGGCUGGCGGACUGCCCCAAGACGGCAUGGGCGGGGCCUGCUUCCUGUGACCACGCCCAGGACGUGGGCGUGACGUGCAGCGUAGGAGGGGACCUAGCUACACCCGCCCCGUCGGAAACUAAAGAUGGUUCACUUCGUCUUGUCGGUGGUACCCAUCUGCACAACGGUCGAGUGGAGAUCUACUACCAAGGAGUCUGGGGAACCAUCUGCCGUGACGAGACGGACGUGCAGGCACCGGACGUAGUCUGCAAGCAGCUUGGCUACGAGUCUGCAGACCCGCCCGCUGCUGUGCCUCCUGGGGGGUACGGACUGGGGUCAGGGGUCAUCCACCUGGGUCACGUGAUAUGCGAGGGGAACGAGGCCAAGCUGGCGUUCUGCGCCCACGACAAGUGGGGAGAGAAUGACUGUACGCAUGCUGAUGACGUCAUGAUUAGCUGCAAGACAUACACUCCACCUGAAAAUGGCGACCUCCGUCUGGUGGCAGGGGGCGACUCCGCCCAAGGCCAAGUCGAGAUCAACUACCAGGGAGUCUGGGGCACCGUGUGCGACACCGACUGGACCAUCAAGGAUGCCACGGUAGUCUGCAGACAGCUAGGCUUCAAUCCAGCCCGGGCCUCCCUCUCCUACUCCUACUUCCUAGACGAGGACUCCAUCAAUCCUAUCUUCUUCGAUAACGUGGAGUGCGAGGGUUCGGAGGCUAAGCUGGAGGAUUGCGUUCACUCCUGGAGGGGUGGGGCUUGCCAACACUUCGAGGAUGUUGGGGUUAUCUGUGGAGCUCCUUUUGUGUUCAAGCCAGUCACUACGGAAGACGGUCGAGUCCGCCUUAUUGGUGGCACCUACCCUCAUAAUGGGCGUGUCGAAAUCAAAUACCAGGGGGAGUGGGGAACCGUGUGCGACCAAGGAUGGAACAUGGAUGCGGCAAACGUGGUGUGCCGUCAGCUGAGCUACCCCUCAGCGGAUAGCACCCUCCCGAGGGCGUUCUUCGGUGAAGGGUCAGGGGUCAUUCAUUUAGAUCAGGUCACGUGCGAGGGCAGGGAGUCCGAGUUGGCGUUCUGCAAUCACGCCAGGUGGGGCGAGAAUCAGUGCGAGCAUAGGCAGGACGCCAGCGUGGUGUGCACUGCGCCGCUGCCGGAAGGAGUGAUGUCAGAUGGCUCCCUUCGGUUAGUUGGCGGCGAAGCAGCCAAUCCGGCUGGCCGACUACAGGUGGUUUACCAAGGAGUUUGGGGCACAGUCUGCGGUGCCAACUGGCUCGACAUCAACAGCGAUGUAGCCUGCAAACAGCUUGGCUACAGGUCCGCCCACCCUGCCAGACCCGCCUACGAUGAUCCCGAUCAUGGCUCCUCUUCACCCAUUAUGCUUAGUGAGGUCAGCUGCUCUGGGGACGAGGAGCGUUUGGUAGACUGCUCCCACGACGGUUGGGCCGUGAGUGACUGCACUCACGACGGGGAUGUUGGGAUAACUUGCAUGGAUACCAGACCUACAACCCCGGGCCCAGAAACUACAAGUAGGCCUGUUGAUGUCAUUACUACAGUCAAACCCGCUAUCGCAAGUCCUACUUUUGGCAAAUCAACCGUGACUGCCCCAUCUUCCCCACCAACUCCUUCUGGAAAUAAAUCUGCUACCGGUGGAGACAAUAAAGAUGGGUUGGCCGGAGGACUUGGAGGCAUUGGGGGACUGCCUUCUCCGACUUCCGGUCCCGUUGGAACGAAUCCUAGGCCUAUAAAAGACGUCUUUCCACCGAUAUGGGUCAUCGUUGUCCUCGUUCUCAUGGUUCCCGCCAUCAUCAUUAUAUUUGUCAUUGGGAUCUGCGUAAAGAAGAGACAUCGCACAUCGUACAAGCCUGUCGACCACGGUGCAAUGCCCAUGCCGGAGCGUGUUUAGUCUUACUUCGAGGCGCGCUUCUGUCUGGUGACAAUAAUGGUACUUUGCUUUAAAUUAGUAGCUUGAGCCAGACAUUUUGGUGCUGGGUAAUUGUGCUCGCCUGCAUCUGCGCUGCACGCCAUAGAUAGCUAUGUAGAUGGGCAUUCCAUUCUUUGUUUUAUGGGCUUUCAAAGAUAAAAUCAAAAUAAAACGUAUUGGGACACGUCUAAACUGAAAUAUAAUUACAUGUAUGCUUUGGCUUUUAUCAGAUCAGUUGUACAGUACUUCUAUCAGAUUAAAUGUUUCCGCCUGUGCAUCCCGUAAAAGCUGUGUCGGUGGCAAAGUUUGAUUUCUUAUUCUAUUUAUCGUG